AUGAAUGAAGUUGACAAUAUAUGGAAUGACUUUGAUACCAGUAUAAUUUUAUGGAAAAGUGAAACAAUAGAAAUUUGGUCACAACUUAAUAAUAUAAAACAAUUUAAUAAUCUUCAAAAUGAUGUUAUCAGAAGGAAGAGGCAAAUUUAUACAAAUUACGAUAGAAACAUUCAGCAAAGUACACCACCAAAAUAUAUUGAUGUAAAUAUUCCAUAUUAUAAUUCAUAUGCCGGAUAUGAACAAUAUAACAUUCAUUAUCCUGUUAAUGAUAGAGAUAGUUAUUUACCACCAAACGUUAAUGAAGAACCUAAAGAAAUACCUAUUGAAAAACCAGAAUGUGUUUGCAAUACUGUAAACAAUUGCCCUAAGGGUGAACCAGGUAUUCCAGGUGUACCAGGAGAAAAUGGUCCCCAAGGAUUUGAUGGAAUACCUGGAUUACCAGGUGUUGAUGCCAAAGAUGUAAGAAAAGAAAUACAACAAUUUGACAAAUGUUUUACAUGUCCUCCUGGUAUGCCAGGUCCACAAGGACCACCUGGAAGAACUGGACAUCGUGGAAUGCGUGGACCAAUGGGAUCUUCAAGUUUACCAGGAAGAAAUUCACCACCUGGUAAACCAGGAGAACCAGGACCACCAGGACCAGUAGGACAGCCAGGUAUGCAAGGACCACCUGGAGCAUCUGGUGAAGAUGGAAUUGCUGGUAUUGGAUUAAAAGGAAUCAAAGGAGAAACAGGACAACCAGGUCCACAAGGAGAAGAAGGAGACAGUGGAGAUGAUGGAAAUCCUGGUCUUACUGGAUCAAUGGGACCAAGAGGUCCAAUUGGUGAACCAGGAAAACCAGGUAAAAAUGGUGAAGAAGGUAGUAUAGGUAGUGAAGGUUUAUCGGGAAUCGAUGGAGGUUAUUGCCCAUGUCCAAAACGUCAUAAUUAUAAAAGACUUCGUUUUAAUCCUUACGUCACUCUUUAA